AUGGCUGUUAUAGUUUUCUGGCCACUGAUUGCUGCUUUCAUCGCCACAACUCAGAGAUCCGCAACACCCUCGAUGCGGAUCGAUUUUUAUGAUCAAACCUGCCCAAAUGCUGAGAAAAUCAUAUUCGCCGAGGUUCAGAAAAUCCUCCGAAGACCCGAAUUCAAGAACAAAGCUACCUUUGAGAUUCCAAGACCGACCGAUCACAUCGACAAAAUCCUAAGGUUAUUUGCUCAGCGAGGCUUCACCGCAAGGGAAACCGUCGCCCUUCUGGGAGGACACAGCAUCGGCUUCAUCAGCUGUGCUUUUAUCCGGGACAGAAUUGAUAAGGUAGACAAUGCAACCGAUCCGUACAUCCCUCAAGACUUCCAUGACGAAUUAAGUCGAAGGUGUCAGAACAGAAACAACAACGUCAGCAUGAUGGACCCUGAGCAACUGUCCUCAUCAUCUUCUCCGCUGCGCUCUCGUUUCGGAACUCACUACUAUGAGUCGCUGACAAGAAGAAGGGGACUCCUCUUUUCGGACAUGGAGUUAAUGGCUCACGAACAAACAGCUGCCGUCGUCGAAGAAUAUGCGUCCGACGAUGAUGGAUCCACAUUCCGAAGAGACUUCAUCACAGCCUUGGUUAAGAUGUCGAAUCUAGUCACUUUGACUGGUUCCCAGGGUGAAGUAAGGCUCAACUGUUCAGUUCCACUUAAUAGUUAA